AGCUUGGGGAAGGAGACCCCCGGAGCUGCAGCGGGUCAAACAUCAAUGCCCCGCCCGCCGCACUCUGCUUCCCCACGAGUGUUCGAGUGUUCGUUGCUGCGGCCAUCUCCUGGAUCAAGGAGGCUCAGUGCAUCGGAAUCUGGGGUCCAAAGGAUGCGCUCCACUGCUCGCUUGUCUCUCAUGGGUAGUGUGAUCCCCCUUCCUGCCCCUGAGGUGGCUCCUUUUGUCGCUGAAUCCUACCCUCUGCAUCCACCUCCUUGCACCCGGCCCACCAGGAAAAGGUCGUCUGGCUGCUUGUGGUCAAUGCAGAAGAGUGCAGAGAAAGUCGCUCCCCUUAUCCCGCUCACUGCGCGUGUGGCCACCGUGAGCACCCCCUCCAGCCUGGCGGGGUUUCUUCCACGCCUGGAUUUUACUGGUUGAGAUGGUGUUAGCUUGAUACUUCCCAUCGGCUGUGUCAUUCCUUAUUAACUGGGUGUCUGGCUGCACCACAAAAGGUCCUCUUGGUCAUUGCACGGUUGUGUGCCCCUGGCCCCUGACAGCACAGUGGUAGACACUGUGUCACUGUGGAACAGGAGGGCUCUGACGAGAAUACUGGGAGAUUCAUUUGGGCCUCAGCACCCUGAGGAGAGGCGCGUGGUGGUGGUCGUGGUGGGCGGGGGUGCUUCACUAAAGAAGUCAUGCUUCUGCCUGUGCCCUUGUUGAGCACAUCAAGCAUAAGCCCUAUGCUGCCUGCCCUGCAGUGGCUGGUGGGCCUGAGCCCUGGUGAUCUUUGGGCAGGUGGCCCAAACACACCUUUAGGACGCAGGAAGUGUCAAAGGCCACAAGAACCGCUGCCAGUGGAUUCUGACUCAGUGAGCCUACAGGACCGAGGAGAACCGGCCCAGGUCUUCCAGGCUGCCCCCCGCCUUUCUCCUGUGGUGGGUGCCAACCACGGACGCUCUGCUGUGCCGCCAGACUUGGGCGGUGCUUUGCUAAGUCAGCUUUGGCAACAAAAGGCUAAAGAGCAGGGCAGGGCAGCAGUUCCAAAUGUGGCUACUGAUUGGCCCCGACGACUCCCAGCAGGACAUGGGUUUGGUCUGGCCUUUCCACCACGGUCCACUGACCUUCUCUCUCACGUGUUUCUCCGGGCAGCAAAUCCUGGCAGUCAGUGGCUCGCUCUCCUGCAGCCCCCAGGGUCUUGGCUGGUCCCUUGUAGCCUCAGGCCACCUCUCACCCUCGUAGCCUAACCCUCUAUGUGGAAGUGGCCUGCAAUGGGCUCCUGGGGGCCGGGAAGGGGAGCAUGAUCGCAGCCCCGGAUCCUGAGAAGAUGUUUGAGCUGACGCGGGCAGAUCUGGCCGUAUUCCACCAAGCCGCCUACAGGCUCCUGCUGGACCUGGAGCUGCUGCUGGGUAUUGCCAAGGGCCUCGGGCAAGAUGAGCAGCGCAGCUUCCAGGCCCUGCACACGGCCAACCAGAUGGUGAACGUGUGCGACCCUGCCCGGCCCGAGACUUUCCCAGCGGCCGAGGUCUUGGCCUCCAGGUUCUUUGGGCAGCGUGGAGGUGACAGCCAGCACACUAUCCACGCCAUCGGACACUGCCACAUUGAUACAGCCUGGCUUUGGCCCUUCAAGGAGACCGUGCGGAAGUGUGCCCGCAGCUGGGUGACCGCGGUGCAGCUCAUGGAGCAGAACCCCGCCUUCGUCUUCGCGUGCUCCCAGGCGCAGCAGCUGGAGUGGGUGAAGAGCCACUACCCUGGCCUGUACACCCGGCUGCAGGAGUGCGCCUGCCGGGGGCAGUUUGUGCCCGUGGGGGGCACCUGGGUGGAGAUGGACGGGAACCUCCCCAGCGGGGAGUCCAUGGUGAGGCAGUUCCUACAGGGCCAGAACUUCUUUCUGCAGGAGUUUGGGAAGGUGUGCUCUGAGUUCUGGCUGCCAGACACAUUUGGCUACUCAGCACAGCUCCCCCAGAUCAUGCGUGGCUUCGGCAUCAGGCGUUUCCUGACUCAGAAGCUGAGCUGGAACCUGGUGAACACCUUCCCGCACCACACCUUCUUUUGGGAGGGGCUGGACGGCUCCCGUGUGCUGGCCCACUUCCCACCAGGCGACUCCUACGGGAUGCAGGGCAGCGUGGAGGAGGUGCUAAAGACAGUGAGCAACAACCGGGACAAGGGGCGGACCAACCACAGUGCCUUCCUCUUCGGCUUUGGGGACGGGGGUGGUGGCCCCACCCAGACCAUGGUGGACCGUUUGAAGCGCCUGUGCAACACAGACGGGCUGCCCAGAGUACAGCUGUCUUCUCCGGGCCGACUCUUCUCUGCGCUGGAGAGCGACGCCGGGCAGCUGUGCACGUGGGUCGGGGAGCUCUUCUUGGAGCUGCACAACGGCACCUACACCACCCACGCGCAGGUCAAGAAGGGGAAUCGGGAGUGCGAGAGGGUCCUGCAUGAUGUGGAGCUGCUGAGCAGCCUGGCCCUGGCUCACAGCACGCACUUCCUGUACCCCGCCGAGCAGCUGCGGCGCCUCUGGAGGCUCCUGCUUCUGAAUCAGUUCCAUGAUGUGGUGCCCGGAAGCUGCAUCCAGCUGGUGGUGGAAGAUGCCAUGAGCCACUACGAAGACAUCCGCUCCCAGGGCAGCAGCCUGCUCAGCACUGCCGCGGCAGCCCUGUGUGCCGGGGAGCCAGGUCCGGAGGGCCUCCUCCUCGUCAAUACCCUGCCCUGGACUCGCACCGAAGUGCUGGCCCUGCCCCGGGCCGGCGGGGCCCACAGCCUAGGUCUCCCCUCCAGCACUGGUGACGGUGCCCAGCAUGGGCUUCGCUCCUGCUCCCACUCCUACUUCCCAGCAGCCCCUGCUGCCCCAGCAACCUGUGGUCGUAGUGCAGGAGGCUUAGUCUCAGCCUCUCCCACCAAGACGGACGGUUCUGUGACUCUGGACAACAGCAUCAUCCGAGUGAGGCUGGACCCGACUGGCCGCCUGACGUCCCUGGUCCUGCUAGCCUCUGGCAGGGAGGCCAUCGCUGAGGGUGCCGUGGGGAACCAGUUUGUCCUCUUUGACGAUGUGCCCCUGUACUGGGAUGCGUGGGACGUCAUGGACUACCACCUGGAGACACGGAAGCCCGUGCUGGGCCAGCCGGGGACCCUGGCAGUGGGCACAGAGGGGGGCCUGCAGGGCAGUGCCUGGUUCCUGCUACAGCUCAGCCCCCACAGCCGGCUCAGCCAGGAGGUGGUGCUGGACAUUGGGUGUCCCUAUGUCCGCUUCCACACCGAGGUGCACUGGCAGGAGAACCACAAGUUCCUGAAGGUGGAGUUCCCUGCCCGUGUUCGCAGCCCACAGGCCACCUAUGAGAUCCAGUUUGGCCACCUGCAGCGGCCCACCCACUACAACACCUCCUGGGACUGGGCUCGCUUUGAGGUGUGGGCCCACCGCUGGAUGGACCUGUCCGAGUGCGGCUUCGGGCUGGCGCUGCUCAACGACUCCAAGUACGGCGCCUCGGUGCGGGGCAACACCCUCAGCCUCUCGCUCUUGAGAGCCCCGAAGGCCCCCGACGCCACGGCUGACAUGGGACGCCACGAGUUCACCUACGCCCUGAUGCCGCACAAGGGCUCCUUCCAGGAUGCGGGCGUCAUCCGCGCUGCCUACAACCUCAACUUUCCCCUGCUGGCGCUGCCAGCCCCCGGCCCGGCCCCGGCGGCCCCCUGGAGCGCCUUCUCGCUGUCCACGCCCGCGGUCAUCCUGGAGACGGUCAAGCAGGCUGAGGCCACUCCCCGGAGCCGCACGCUGGUGCUGAGGCUGUACGAGGCGCACGGCAGCCACGUGGACUGCUGGCUGCAGACGGCGCUGCCAGUUCAGGAGGCAGCCCUCUGCGACCUCCUGGAGAAGCGGGACCCAGCCGGCCACCUGGCCCUGAGCAACAACCGCCUGAAGCUCACCUUCUCUCCCUUCCAAGUGCAGUCCCUGCUGCUGGUGCUGCAGCCCCCCAUGGACUGAACCCCGCGAGGGGGACCUCCCUCUGUGCUCCCUACAAUAAACCUGCUACCACGGC